GGCCGGGGGCGGGCCGGGCCCGGCCGGUGCGGGCGGCGGGGCUGUCGGAGCCACCCGCGAGGUGCAGCGCGCACAUGGGGACGCACCGCAUCGUGCUCUCGGGCCCCGGGCCCUGGGGCUUCCGCCUGGUGGGCGGCCGCGACUUCGAGCAGCCUCUCGCCAUCUCCCGGGUAACUCCAGGCAGCAAAGCUGCAAUAGCCAACUUGUGUAUAGGAGACCAGAUCAUAGCCAUUGAUGGAGUGAACACAGACAACAUGACGCACCUUGAGGCGCAAAACAAAAUCAAGGGUUGCACAGAUGAACUGACUCUGACAGUCAGCAGAACGGAGGCAAAAGUCUGGUCACCACUUGUAAGCGAGGAGGGAAAGACACAUCCUUAUAAGAUGAAUCUGGCCUCUGAGCCACAGGAAAUAAGGCACAUAGGAAGUGCACACAAUCGGAGUGCAGUGCCCUUCACUGCUGCCACAGCUUCUGCCCCCAGGGUGAUCACUGCUCAGUACAACAGCCCAGCAGGCCUCUACUCCUCAGAGAACAUCCAGACCUUCAACAGCGCAGUGGAGACAAAGACAUCGCCUGGGGCCCUGGAGCCUACCAAGCCUUUAGAUCAGCAUAACCAGACCCCAGGCAACAUUGCCAUAGACAAACAAUCUGAGGUUUACAAGAUGCUGCAGGAGAAUCAAGAGUCAAAUGAGCCACCCAGACAGUCUGCUUCGUUUCUUGUGUUGCAAGAGAUCUUGGAGUCAGAGGAGAAAGGAGACCCUACCAAACCAUCUGGAUUUAGGAGCGUCAAAGCCCCUACCACAAAGGUGGCCUCAUCGAUUGGGAAUGCCCAGAAGCUGCCCAUGUGCGACAAGUGUGGAUCUGGCAUCGUAGGGAUGUUUGUGAAGAUCCGGGACAAGCAGCGUCACCCCGAGUGCUACGUGUGCAGUGACUGUGGCACCAAUCUCAAGCAGAAAGGACACUUCUUUGUGGAAGACCAAAUCUACUGCGAGAAGCACGCGCGGGAACGGGUGGUUCCCCCGGAGGGCUACGAGGUGGUCACUGUCUUCCCAAAGUAAACCGUGCUGCUCACAAAGCCAGUGUGGAUGAUUUAUCCUCUGCUGAUUUUCCUUGGAGAGCAUUAUCCCUACCCCCUGCAGAAUCUUGUUUGCAAUAAGGAAUGUUAGGCAUGGCUUUCAAUUUCCUUGUCAUUAUUAAUCCUCCAUCUGUUCACAUGAGAUGUCACUAAUUGUUCAACAUUCUUUUCAUCCUCUCUUGCACUUUUUUUUAGUAAACAAUUUUUUUUUCCUUCAUUGUGCUGCCAAUCACACAGGAAAAUCAAGAGGCCAAAGUCAGAUUACAACUUUUCUGUUUUCUAGUUAUUUGCCAUCUGUUUGCCUGCAAUAAAUGGGGUGAAUCCACAAGGUA